UUGAUGCUGGUGUUGCUUCCCGUAGAUGAAGAGCCGACACCCGAGGACCAAUGGCAGUGAAUUACGUGGCAUUGCCAGUGAAUCAUUAUAGUUGCAGCUACUCUUGUUUAUUCUGUCCAUUAACGAAGCACCGUAGUCGAGAUUGUAAUGCGAAUGUAACCACUGUAUGUCGAUGAUCGUGUGGCUUGUGGUUGUUGCAUCAGCUGUUCAUUCCCGAUCUACAAAAACGACGAAAGGAGUCGUAACCGUCUAGCUAAGUUCAUACUCGGCCACGAAGAUAUGUUCCCAAAUCAUAGCUGGGAUAUUCGGAAACAGAUACGCCUUACACCGACUAACUGCAUAAUCGAGGCAGACAGUCGCAAACUAACUUAUUCCAGAACUAAUUUGCAUCCUCCAAGCGGUCCACCAUGAUUUUUGCUUUGCUGCUUUAUCUUUUUUCAUCAGCAGUAUUAACUGGAAUCGGCGCUUUGACGUACCAAGAUUACAGGGUGGACAUAUGCAAUGAAGUAGUUGAACUGGAUUGUCCAACUACGGCAUCCGGAAGUGCCGGCCGAAUAACCUUUAGGCCGCAUAUUGCCAUCAGUGCGACGCCCGACAACUUCUACAAUAUUCCCGGCUAUACUGAGCAUUGCGAGCAAUCCGGUCCUUGUAAGCUAACGGUCAUGACCAACGGAAACUGUGGAAGUUUGGACGAAGGACAUGCUGUCUAUUUCAACGCUAGGUCGCUUAAUAUUCCGGAAGGAUCGCGUUUGGAUAUCUACGACAGGACCGACCACGGUGGUCCUAAAUUGCGGCGUUCCUGGGAUGCGUACCGCGCUGGGUGGUACCGCAAUCUGCAGUCCGUCGCGCAGUUCCGCUCGCAGUUCACAUACCGGGAGCGGCCGACGAUUUUCAUUGAGUAUCACCACGGAGCAGCGGCCUGUCGUGAGUCACGGGAAAUCGUACUAGAUUUCGUGAUGGUCGAAGAAAAACGCACGGUGAACAACACAUACUGUACCGCUCUGAAUGGUUACGUUAACAACGCGUAUAUCUGUGAUACGACGGAUGACCGUGUAAACUGUCCGCAGAUUCUGUCGGAUAUGACGAGAAAUAUGCAACCAGCAUGGAAGCGGCAGUUUUGCUGGCCAAGUUUCUGGGUUAUGAGUGGAAUAAUUAUCGCAGCUGUCGCUGUUGUGGCUCUACUGGUCGCAAUGGUGGCGCUGUGUCGCCGUCGCUGUCGGAAAUAUUCAUGUAGGUGACGACCUCGAAAGAAUUGCAACUGGUCCAGUCAGCGACAAUGUGAUUUCUGGAGCCCGUACUGUACCUGCGCUAUUAAGUACGAUAUUCGGUGUGAUACCGGGACUGAUGAAAACUUCUUGCCAAGAAGAACCGCUUGUUCGAGGAAUAAGUUUCUGUGCGCCGGUUAUCGACUUUGUACCAGAAUUUGUUUUCAGUUUACCAAUAGUUAUUUACCUAGGCUCUCUGAAGCACACCACAGGCUAAUUUGCUUCUUGGGCAUUGUUUUCAAAAUUUUGCAACUGUGCUGUUUUUCGACCGUAAAGCUGUAGAAACCGUUACGGUAUACUGCAGCCAAAAUACUGCACUACUGUCAACAUAAAUGUUCCGUGCUCCUCUAUGUGCCAGCAUACGGAUUUUUUUAGACGUUUUUCUUGUUUUUUCUAAAUUAAUAUUCUGCUUGUUCUGGUUUUACAUUUGCAAUGCUCACUCCAAGUUGACGAUGUCAAUUUUGAAGUCGUACCAACAUGUAUCACCUAAAAUGUCUAUGUACAAGUACUCUGUUAAUGUACACUGUACAUGUAUUCGUGAAUUGCAUACUAAA